UUUGUCUUCGAAAGUACGAGCUUCAAGCAACGUCAAAGGUGUAGACAGUUUAUGUCAAGUAUAUUGUCAUUUCAAGAAAAUCAUUUGUAAUGUACUUUAGUGGAGCGGAUUUUUGAAUGGUUACAGUGGAGCUGUAGUCAAGACGUUACCGUUUCAUUGUGACUGUCAAAACAAUAUUUCAAAUCGAUCAUGCCUUUUAUGAAAGGAAAAGCACCUAUACGCCGAACUCUUAAUUACUUGGAGAAAGGUCGAAUUGUUUUUAAACCGAAGGUUAAGAUACUGGCAAUUAAUUACAACACAAACCACCCUCCUAGUAAAGGAACUCAGCAGUUUGUGUUUUGGCAUUUACCCCAAGUACAAUACAAGAACCCAUCUGUGCAGUGUGUGACGUUCAAAAAUAUGACGCCAUCACCAUUCAUACAGGUGUUCCUUGAUGGUGAUGAAAAAGUACUUGUUGACACAGACAGCAGAUCCAAAGAUGAAAUAUUAGAACAUGUAAAUCUGAUAUUUGGAAAAACUGAGAAAACAUUGCGGGAUGAGGCAAUAGCCCAGGAGAAAAAGGACAACCCAGCUAAUUUUGGGCCAACAGCAGCUCGAGAAUGUAUGUGUGAAAUAACUGGUCAGGUACCUUGUCCAGCCUUCAAACCCCUGCCACGACACAUGAGGGGCAAAUACCAAACUAAGUUGAAAGAAGAGGGAAUGGAUGCGGUCUAUGAAGAUGUUAAGCAGUGACAUUUGAAUAAGUCAAAUUUUGCUCUCAGUGCUUUUUUUGAUUGAAAGGGAGUAGUGGAUUCAGUUCGUAUAUGGAAAUGAAGCAGGGAUUAUCCUAAGAGGAUGUGACUUGAAAGUUGCCCACCUGGAGACUUUACAAUGUUAAGCAAUGUGUUCAUGUAAUGCCAGUUGUAGAUUGACCAUGCGACUGGGAAUCUAAUUGGGCUCUGGUUUAUCUGGAGGCUUGCAAUCACCGACAACUCUCAGCAGUUCCUUGGAUGCAAAGCAUCAAGUUGUGUUUAUCUACAUGUGUUUGCGCACAGCUGGUUAUUGUGAUUCAUCAAAAUACAACAGGUCAAAUCACAUUCACAUUGCUUCUUCAGAGCUGACAGUUGCCGCCUGUCAUAGACCUAGGUGUGCUAAAACCGAAUACGAUCAGAUGCUCAGGAUUUCAAGGUUUUCUGAAACUUUCCGACAUAAGCAUUAUGCGUAGGUCCAGUUUGUUUAAUUGGACCCAGAGGCUGGUUGUUCAAAAGAGUAUUGGCAGUUAAGUCCGAUUUUAUCGUUAGUUUGGGAUUAAAUCCCAUUAGACCAAUUAAAUAAAUAAGUAAAUCCCAUUAGUUUUGUAUUAGAACAAGACGUGCUGAGAUUUCAGCCUGGCUUAAUUUUUAGUACACUUUUUAACAACUUACCCCAGCUACUUAGGGCACAAGUCAACCUACACCUGACCUAAGGCAGGUUCUGAAAGCUACAGGCCCAGUCAUUUGCAAAUUGUUAUCCAAAGUAAUGUAUCAUGAACAACGUAACAAGUGAAAGUUAUUUACACAUUUAGCAAUAUUUGGUCUUAAAGUUGUUUUAAUUCACCUGGAAGGACAACCUUUUGGUCAUCCAUUCUACUGGUUGUGGUUCAUCCUCAUGUGACUCACAGGUGAAGGAUCAUUGGAAAUCAGGUACAACUGAGUAUUCAUAAUAUACUACUAAUGUAGCCUGCAGACAAUGUAUGUUCAUGAUACACAUGUAUGUGGUAUUUAUAACUUUUUUAUUACACUCCUGAACACCGUCUUUUAUAAGAUGGCCUGCUACAUGUAUUGGUAAAUUUUUUCCCAGAUGUUUGCUAUUUGCAGACUUAUGAAUUUCAGCCUUCCUUGUCAGAAUUAGUAUUACCAUUGUAAUGAAGUAUUGUUUGCGUAUAAGAUGGGAGCACUGAAAGUCAUAAUAGUUGAUCUUUACUUGAGAAGAGUUUCAGACUUUGACAUAGGCCUAAAUUUAGAGGUGCAUAGUGGACAUAAUCUGCUAAAUAAAAGCAAAAAAGAAUAAGUACCCUUUUUACAGAAGCAUGUUCCCUGUUUUAAGUGUAUGAUUGAAACUUUUCUAAGCAUGCAGCAGUUGAUGAUCUAUGUGUGGCUGAUUGUGUAAAUUAUUGUAAGUAACCUGAAAUUAAACUCAAACAAAUAUCAUACGUUAUUUUUGGUGAUGAAAGAUUUUUCCAAUAGUAUAUCAUUUUACCUUGUAAACAAACCACAAAACACUUUUCUAAGACUGACAGAACUCUCCGAAUCGGGGAAGAGUAUCAAAAGUCAUCUGCUAACUCUCGUCUGUAGUAUCACAAAUUUUUCAGAGAGGUGAAAUCUGUUCUAGAUUAAAGCA